UUAUUUGGUUUACAGAAUUGGAGCUUUGUAUGCAACUUCUUUGAUCAUUAUCAAAGUUAAACUAGAAAAGCUAUUUUUGGUAUGACUGAUCCAACCAAAAAUUGGUGUUCAGAAAACCCUACAGGAGCCAUAUCCAAGCGAUCGUUUCGCAUAGAUACUUCACGAAAAGAUGGAUUACUGCUGCAAAUACAUCAUACAAUCACUGCGCGGAAUAAAAAGAGCAAACAUUUCAAAUUCAAUGAGACAACUUUUGAUGACACUGGAGAGCAGCUAGCAGCCAUUGAUCAUGUUGGAAACAUUGUGGUCAUUGAUUUUUCCUGCCUCAGGUUUUGGAUGUUACCACUAAGACUGGAAUGCUCAUUCAUAAAAUUCUCAUCUUACCGGAAAAACGAACUUCUAAUAGGUAAACUUGAUGGGAGCGUGCUACUGAUUGACACAGGUAAUAUUGUCAGUUUUUCGUUGUAA